AUGCCCAACGUCCACAUCGUGAACGACGAUGCUUCCUUCGCCUCGGGUGAUACUUUCUCCACUCAAGACUCAGCAGAGCCAGCACCUCAGCUCUCUCGGCGAAACACCGUCUCCCAACUCACAAGGAAAGUUUCAAAAAGAAUAUCCCAGUCGAUCUUGGGUGGGGGCCAACAUCAUGAUCUAAGUGAGAAGAACCUGAAGGCUCUGGAGAACACGACUGUCUCAGAUCGAUACAAUCCGCACUCGCCGGAUCGCCAAUUCUAUGAUAUCAAACUACAGGACGCUAUCCAUGAAGAUGUAGAAGAGGAUUUCCCCAGCAUCGACAUGGAAGCACAAAGAGAAGCCCGUCUUCACGAGUCCUACGCCAUCUUCUGUCAAAGCUUCACAAUGUCCGGGCCAACGAGGACGAGCAGACAAUUUGACCUGUCCAUGGGAACAGAGACAGCCAAUGGGAAUGAACCCUGCGGAACAAAGCCGGCCCCUGCAUACAACGCUUUCGAGCCUCUGCAUUCACCUACAUCCAGGUGGACCGGGCAUACAACGAUCUAUUCAGAGCCUGGACCGACUGCGGACGCAUUUCCAAUAUCUCCCCCUGGCAAUAUCCACACGCCCACUUCUCAAUCAAAGGAGUACAAGAAAAAUUCUCACGACUGCUCUCGACCAGAUACCCCGAUCUACGAGGACAACCUCAGCAGACAGCAUGCCGGCCUCGACACGCCCCGCAGUGCCAUCUAUCCCCAGCCGCCUCCUCAGAUCAUCACCCCGGAUGUUUAUAAGGACAUACAACGUGAGGAGCGAGAGCGCAAGGCAGCACGGCGCCAGAGACUUCUCAAUCCCUUUCGAUCGUGGUUUUUAAGUGCUCCACCUACAUGGACGCGGAGGUAUGAAGUUGUGGAAUAA